ACUAAAGUAACAUCCUUGAAAUUGUUGCAGGCUGCGUUUAUAUGUUUGUUCAGUAUAAUAACAUCGUAUGCGAGCCUACGACCCAUCCAUCCACUCUUACAUCUCUCUUCAUGUAGUGUAUGUAUCUAGUCGUGAUGUGUGUUUUGUCCUAUAUUUUUUAUCCUCGCCCCCAGCCCCCGUCCCCUUUUGCCUUUUUGUAGGCUGACAUUGUAAAUAAGAAUUUGUUCUUAACUGACUUGCCUAGUUAAAUCAAACAAAUAAAAAAUCCACCCGCGCCGUCACAACACAACGAGGUCACCAACGGGUCGUCAUUAGUUACCACAGCCACAAAGACAAACCCCGCCUAUUUCUACAAUAUGUCUUCUUAAAAUGAGAUUUGAAUCCUAACCCUAUCGUUUACCCUAUCCUUAAACACACUGCUAACCUUAUGCCUAAUCUUAACCUUAAAUUAAGACCAAAAAGCUKAUUUUUGUUUUCAUGAUUUUUUACAAUAUAACCAAUCUUGACUUUAUGGCUGUGCUAUCUAGUGGAAACCUUCCAAGUGGGUCCAGGCAAGGUAGCGAUUGGACCAUCUGGAUGUCUAUCGCUUCUUUUUUGGAGGGGGUAGGAAUAACUGAUCCAUCGUUCUCUCCACAGACGCUGGGUCAGUUAUAUACAGUCAUUGGUUUGAAGCAGCUUGCGAAUAUAUCCAAUUAUUGAAGGGUAAAUCAGUGGUAGCCUAUUUAAUUGAACUGUGGAAGGCUGAAAUGUAUUUUCGUAGUUAGCAACGACACCAGUAUCUUAAAGAUGAACCGCAGUGUAAAUUAUCGCUCCAUUUUGCCUUUACGCCAAGAACUUUACUGAUAGGCUACAUUUGGCGCCAUACGGUGUUUUUAUUGGAUAUAUGCUAUAUUUUCUAUUUUGGGCUGGAUAUCGAAUCAUAAGGUGAUUUGAAUACAGCCAACUGCAUAUACGGCGGACAAGCCCUACGGCCACUGUAGCAUCAACCGUUUGUUGAUAAACACGAAUCCUUUCUCAUACAGGACCACCUCCGGUGCAUUGAUGCACCCGUUUCAGUGGUUUAACGGGUGCUUCUGUGGUCUGGGACUGGUCUACUCCAACAAGUCGUGCACCAUGCCUCCCAUCACCUUCCAGGACCUGCCCCUCAACAUCUACAUGAUCAUCUUCGGAACAGGCAUCUUCAUCUUCAUCCUCAGCCUCAUCUUCUGCUGUUACUUCAUCAGUAAACUAAGGCACCAAGCCCAGAGUGAUAGGUUUGGCUACAGAGAGGUGGUUUUAAAAGGAGAUCCUAAGAAGUUGAAUCUCCAUGGGACGUGUGCUGUUUGCCUGGAAGACUUCAAAGUCAAAGAUGAGCUGGGAGUGUUGCCAUGCCAACAUGCCUUUCACAGGAAGUGUCUGGUGAAAUGGCUGGAGGUGCGCUGUGUGUGCCCCAUGUGCAACAAAACCAUUGCAGGACCCCCAGAACAGCGCAACAGCAUAGGAACACUACUGGACGAACUGGUGUAACCUAACAACAAGCACGGAGUGGGCACUGUGAGCUGGUGUAACCUAGCAACCAAUAGAAAGUGAACGCUAUUGUCUGGUGUAUCCUAGAAACCACCCACAGAUGACUGUGAAAUGGUGUAACCUAGCUACCACCUGGAGAGGACUGUGAGAGCUUGUUACUUAGCAACCAACACAGAGCUGCAUACAUGAGUCUACACCACAGACAGUCUCCAGCUACCCACACUUCACCCAGUGACUCUUUCUCUUUGUCUCUGACUGUCUCACUCUUUUUCUGUCUUUCUCCCCCUUUUUCUCUCACUAGCCUUCUCUGUCCUUUCUGUCACGCUCUCUAUUUCUGUUUUUCUUCUGUUGUCUCUUUGAUCUCUCUCUCUCUGACACUCAUUUUCUCACCUUCUCUCUUUUCCUUUCUUUCUGUCUUUUACUUCCUCAGAGGUGAGUUCUAGUUCCAAAGUCAGCAAGAGGGAAGAGCUCCAGACAGUUGGAGAGUGUAGGAGCAGGCAGUUGAUUUGAAUGUGUAAAGACAAGAGUGGAACUGUAAGAACCAUGGUGUUGAGAAAAUACAAAGGGAUGUUCUAUGGGCAUGUGUGUGUUGUGUGUGUGUGUGUGUUGUUGCACAGAGGAGUCUGUUUCGGUUUGUCACUUGUUAUAUUUCUUUUUUGGUUUAUAACAUGUUUUUUUUUCUAUUAUUGUACAGGGACCAAGGCAAUGUGAGCGAUGUGCAUCACCCUCUCACCACAACAUUUUUGUUCUUGGCUGAAAGGUGUUCGUUUUUGAUGUAUUGCACUCUGACACUCUGUGUUUUGUACACCUCCUGCCAACCAAUGUGUGUAUUGCACUGCACAGGUGGUUUAGUGAAACAUGUUCACAUGUUUUAUAACCUUGCCUGACACCUGAAGACUCAUUUUAGCUCCCAGUAUUAUUGCCUAGGCUUUAGCUCAGUAGACUAUUGUGGUUCUGAAAUGUGGAGAAAGCCUGAAUUUGAUACCUAGCCUAAAUUUGAUACCUAGCCAAUCACAUUAAUAGAUUGAGGUAUCUAAGAACUCAAAGGCAAUGCACCUGCUGUUUUCUGUCGUAUUACUGGUGCAGUAUACCUGUGACAUUACUUUUAUAAAGCAAAGGGUUCUUUGCAAGUUACAGUAGUUUAGAGUUUCAAUGUUGUGUGAUUAUAUCUCAAGACCAACUCCAUCCGAUGGAAUACAGCAUAUGUCAUUUUUCUCAGUAUGUAAUUCUCUCUCUUUGAAGAAUAUGCUUUAAAAAAAAAAAGUGUGAUGUUUUAUGGCUCCUUUUCGCACAUCUGUGAAAUAAUCUGUAUUUUAAAACUGUUUUACCAGUCGAACACAUACCAAGUAAGCACUGCUUAAAUUGAGCACUACUCCCUAUGCAACUGGGUCCUGGACUGCCUGACGGGCAGCCCCCAGGUGGAGAAGGUGGGCAACAUUACCUCCUCGACACUGAUCCUCAACACGGGGUGCCCCAUAAGGGUGCGUCCUCAGUCCCCUCCUGUAUUCCCUGUAUACCAACGACUGCGUGGCCUCAGACAGUUACAACUCCAUCAUCAAGUUUACUGACGACAUGACAGAAGUAGGCCUGAUCAACGACGAGACAGKCUACAGGGAGGAGGUAGGCACUCUGAUGGCAUGGUGCCAAGUAAACAACCCCUCCCUCGACGUUAGCAAAACAAAGAAGCUGAUUGUGGACUUCAAGAGGAACCAGGCUGUCCUCAUCAAUGGGGAGACGGUCAAUAACUUAAAAUUCCUUGGCAUUCACAUCUUAGAGAAGCUGAAAUGAUCUAACCACAUGGACAAAGUAGUGAAGGCACUACAGCAACUCUUCAACCUCAGGAUGCUGAUGAAAUUCAGCCUGUCCUCGAGGGCCCUCAGUGUUCUACAGGAGCACCAUCGAGAGCAUAUUGUUGGGCUGCAUCACAGCCUGGUACGGCAACUCCACCGCCGCAGACCGCAAGGCUCUUCAGAGGGUGUACAUGCAGCCAAGGCACCAUGGGGUGCACACUGCCCUACAGGACACCUACAACACCAGGUGUCACAGGAAGUCAAGAAGAUCAUCAGGGACCCCAGACACCAAACCAUGACCUGUUCUACCCGCUUCAAUCACUCAGACAUGGCAGUACAGAAGCAUCAUGGCAAAAACUGAAAGACUGGCCAAUAGUUUCUACCCUCAGACCAUCAGGCUGCUGAAUAGCCACCACUAGUCAGCUACCAGCCCCACCACCCCACCCAAACAUACUUUUAUUCUGCACCCACACCAAUGGCAUUUUAUCGCUGUUGUUAAUAUGUAUAUUUUAAAUUGUAUUAAAAUGUUGAUUGUUUUUAUUGUGCUCAAUGGUGCUGCUCCCCCUAUGGUCAUUCCACCCCAGCCCCUCAACAGUCUUUACUCUACCUCCACCCCAAUGGACAUUUAUUUAUUCAUCACUGCUACACUUAUUAUGAUGUGUAUAUAGUGCUAUUUAUACUGUUGUUAUUUCUAUUUCAUUAUUUUAUUUCAAAAGUCCUGCAUGUUAAUGCUCGAAGACUUUCACUGUACCCUGCAAUCCCACCUGCGAACCCACCUACAACCCUGUACAUGUGACUAUUAAACACCCUGAAUCUCUA